CUUCUGUCAAGCGGGAGACAAGUGAUCGGAACCGUUUUUAUUCUCCUGGAAAUUCCCAUCAAAUUUUUCGAAAAUGAUCAAAGAAUCAUUUGCUUAUAAGCAAUGCCAGUGCGCCUCUCAAGCGCACGAAGUCUGAAUAACAAGUGGAUCGACUGUCCGCCGCUCCAUCAUCCUCAGCAAACCCAGCAUCCCCAGCAUCCUCGGCAUGCCCUGCGGCCGCCCCGCAGGCCACCGACUCCGACUCCGCCUUCGCCAAAACUCCAGCUCCAGCCCCACUCGCCGCUCCCUGUGUUCCAGCCAGUGCUCCUCCUAGUGCUCCUGCUCAUCCUCGCACCCGCCCCGGCCCUAUGCAAGGACGAGAACUGCACCUUCCUCGAGGGCUACAUCCUGCAGUUCGUCUGCCACGGCACCUACGUUGAGGAGAUGCGGCUGCAGUACAAGGACCGCAUCCCGGCCAUCGGGACGCCGUACGCCAUCUGGAAGCGGUCCGACACCCACGACCCGUCCUACCUGCUCAUCUCCUUCUACGACUCCCAGCUCUUCAACUGCUACACGGUGGUCAUGAACAGCGGCAAGUUCUACUGCGACGGGCGCAACUUUAUCGAGCCGAAUACGGAGGCCGCCCGGCUGCACUGCAUCAACUUCCCGUUCCACUAUACCACACACCUGUACGAUGCGUGCUCGAAGAAGCCGAGCGAGGAGGGAUCGCCGCCCAUCUCGGUGGCCAUCGCCUACAUGAAGGACAACAUCAGGAGGACGGAUGGGGCAGGACAUCGCUUGCAAUGCCCCGCGGUUGUGCCCCUCCUUGUGACCACGAUCCCCUUUCUGCUAUCGCGAUAUUUUGGUAUUUUACUAUGUCAAUAAAA